UAUUCAAUAUAAUAUAUUAACGAGAUGAGUAAUAAUUUCAUAAAAACGUUUAGCAUAAUUAUUUACAAUAAUUUCUGGAACAGAAAUUAUUCAACAUCAUAAAUUACAACAAUAUUUAAUAUUACCGGAAUGAUUGGUUCUCUAAAUUAAUAAUUCGCAAAGAAAUUUAGUAUCGUCAAGAUAAUUAAUAAUUUUACGAGGUAUCGCGCACGAGUAAUAAUUAAUUCAUCAUCAUUGUUCGUCUUCUCGAUAAGGUUAGUAUAAUAAGACAACCAGCAAUAAUUCACGAUUUACAGACCACUAAAAUAUUCAAUGCAUAACAGAAUAAUAAUAAUGUUCAGCGUCUACAAAAGAAAUAGAGAUUCACAAAUAAUGGGCAAAACAAGAAAUUCACAAGAACGUACGAUAAGACAGUUCGCAAGUGCGUGCGACGAAAUAAUAAUUCACAAUGGGUAUGAUCGAUCAAGAUCGUAUAGAAUUGAUUAUCUCUCUUGUUCAUAUCAGAAUAAUACUGUAUCACUUAAUAGUCGUCAAUUUGCUAACUCUCAAAAUUUGAAUAUUCUAGACGGUGUGUAAUUAAUCAUACCUUAAUAGUUUUGUUGUCAAAUUCAAGCUGGGCAUGAUUAAUUACUAUCUUUUAGUUGAAAGGUUCUGAACUUCACAAAAUUUAAGAUUAUUUCUGAUUCGCACAGAUAACUUGAUCAAUCACUGAGAUAUAAGUUCUACACAUAUAUAUAUAUAUAUAAUCACAUAUGAGGUUCACGCAAUAAAUUCGCAAGACAAUAUAAAGUCACACUAACAAUAAUAACUUUUAAUUUAAAUGAGACUGCUGGUACUUACGGAUGACUCUGGGUCCGCAAGGGCCACAAUCUAAGAUCUUGUUUUCCCUUUUUCGGAUUCCGACAGAUCGCCGGAACCUUGCUCCUUGUGGAAUUCCGAACUAUCACCGAAAUUCUUUUCCGAAGUAUCGCGAUUACUUGAAACUGUUACGGAGAUGUUACUGUAACGAUACUGGAGAGUGUCGCGCCGGGAUAAGGUACCGUCUUUUAUAUUAUAAUGCAUAUUAAUUACCCGCCCCCGCGCCUGCAUCGGUUGCCCUAGUUCCGAUGCAUAGAUGAGUAGGGUGAAAUCGGCGGCAUAUCGAUAUCAAAGUUAUCAGAUAGUCUAAACAGUCUCGAUGUCAGAUUUUUCAAUGUUAAAGUAUGUAUCAUCGAUUGCAUCACCUGUCGCGGUGCAGCAUCUUGUUCUUGGAAGCCUUUUAAUAGAAAAUAUUAUUUAAUUCUCUCGAGUCUUAUUAAUGGAAUCUGCUUCAAUAUGAUUUUGGGAUUGACCAUGUUUCAAAUUGGCGCGGAUGAUUUCUCAAAUAGUUACUAUUUCUCAGGCUUCAAGAGUAAUGCCGAUUUAUAAGCAAUAUGUGCCGAUACAUAUUAUUAAUUACGUUUCGGCCGAUUAAAAUUAUCCUUAAUUAAUAUUCACAAUUGUAUGCGCCUUAACAAUUUUAUAUGCCUUGUCGAAUAUUUUGCAGAAGCCUUAAAAUUUGUUCUUAACUUAUAGUAGAGUUUCAGUAUUAAUAUAAGAUUCGCAGGAUAGUAUAGUAAAAGUGAUUGUUAUUUAAUUAAUUAUAUCUGUGAUAAUUGCAUUCAUAGACCAUAGAGCUAAUCAAGAUUUAUUUUGAGUGAGACCUUUUACGUCAGAAAAGGAUAAAGUUUUAUAAGAUUUCAAUGUUUCAUAGUUAGAUUGAUUAUAACAAUGACUUUUAUUGUUUAAGGCUGGUGCAAUAUCUUUUAAAACUUAAUAGAAUAAUGAGUUAAUUAAUAAAAUGCAAUUCUUAUUUAAUAAAACAUAAUUCUUAUUUGCACAGGGUCGGCGCAGUAAUUUGUCUACUAGUUGUACCUUUAGUUUUAUAAGAUCUAAUUGUUUAUUAGCAAUAACCAAUUAGAUAAUUAAUAGUUAGGUUCACGAAGAGUUGGUAUAAUAAACCUCAGAGUAGUUAUUUUAGUUUGGUAAGAUUAGUAAGAUUAAUUUAUUUAAUAACGAUUUUCAUUCGUUAAUUAAUAUUUUGCUUAUGUAGUCUCGAGUAAGACCCUUAAAUGAUUAUAUCUCGUGAAUAAUUUUAAUUUUCCCAUAAACAAUAUUAAGCUUGAUAUAACCAUCAUAAUUGCGAAAAGCAGUCAUUCAGAAUUUUAAAAUAAGCGUGAGUAGUGAAAUUGAAAAGGUAUCAAUAAUAUAUAGGACUGAAUCGCGUGUUAGUUUACUUCUAGUACGCUAGAUGGCUCCCCGAGUAUGAUUCAAGAAUAAGCAUCUGGGGUCUUAGGUCUGCUCAGAUUGUCAUGCUGAGUCAGUUCAAUACUACUCUAGUAGUCUGUACUUUGUCACAUUCAAAUGGACCUUAAUUCUUAUUUUGCGGGUAUACAUAAGUAUCAGGGAAAGCCAUGGGGUUAAUAGAGGAUAAAUAUAAGUAAAAAUAUAGAAAUAGGAAAAAAAAGAAAAAGGGGAGGGGUUGGGACGACGGGACGUCACAAUGUAUGAUUGAAUAUUUUUCAUUUAUUUUGAUAUUUGAUGUUUGCGCUGUUUGGCCAUUUUUUAACAUUUUUGCAAUUAGUUUAUACAAUUCUGAAUGUGAUUUUAAUUCGAGAAGACUUUAUUGGAUUGAAUUACAUUAUCUUUUCACAGAAAUGGAUGAUUUCGAUUUGUUGUUAAUUGCUCUGGUCAACAUGGGAGCACUUUUGGUGCAACGUCGUAGAAAUAGGAUCAACCGUGAACGUCAUCGUCGCCGUCGGCGUAUCUGGGUACGACCAGUUAACACAAGGAGAAGACAGCAAGGAGCGUUUUACAAUCUUUUUCAGGAGAUAAAAACAGAUCAACAAAUGUUCCACAAGUAUACACGUAUGACACUGCCAACAUUCCAGCACUUGAUGGACAUUAUCAAUCCAAGCUUAAUAAAACGAAGUCCACGAGCACUUGAACCAGAGCAAAGAGUUGCUUUGACAUUACGAUUUCUGAUUGGAGACAAAGUUCCAGCAAUUGCUUUUGCCUAUCGUGUUGGUUUAUCAACAGUGCAUAAAAUAAUUAAAGAGACGUGUGACAUAUUUGGAAGACUUCUUGGUCCUAUCUAUCUACGAGCUCCUUCGAGAGAAGAAUAUUUACAAAUUGCUGAGGGUUUUUGGAAACUAUGGAAUUUUCCACAUUGCUUGGGGGCACUUGAUGGAAAACAUGUCGAUGCUCAAUGCCCCCCCAAUUCUGGUACGCUGUACUUUAAUUAUCACAAACGAUACAGCAUCGUACUUUUGGCUAUAUGUGAUCACAAUUAUCAAUUUAUUUUGGUCGAUAUUGGAUCAAUGGGGAAGAACAGUGAUGCAGGAAUUUAUGCAAACAGCGACUUGAAUAUGGAAAAUGGGAUGCUGGAUAUUCCAGAGGGAACCAGUUGCUUAAGCGGAACCGAUAUACAAGUGCCUUAUUUUUUUAUUGGGGACGAAGCAUUUCCCAUUGGAAAGCAUUUGAUGCGGCCAUAUUCUGGACGGUAUUUGGGGGAACGCAAGAAUAUAUUUAAUUACAGACUUUCGCGAGCCCGGCGUAUAAUAGAAAAUACAUUUGGAAUUUUAGUAAAAAAGUGGAGUAUUUAUAACAGACCGAUUGCUGCGACUCCUGAAAAUAUCAAUAAAUAUAUUUUGGCAACUGUAUGUUUGCACAAUUUCUUAAGAAACAGAGAAGGUAAUGUUAUACAAUUUAAAAACAAUGAUGAAAUUAUUGAAAAUAACGAAAAUGGUGCAGCAUUUGCGACGCACAUUAGAGACUCUCUUUGCAAUUAUUUUAUAACUCCAAAUGGAAUGGUCGAUUGGCAGCAUGACUAUGUAACAAGAGGACAAAAUCAAGACAUCAUCUAAACAUAAACAUUUGAUCAUUGAUUACUCACGUGUCAUAUUGUAAAAUGUAAUGCUAAUAUGUAUUUAUUAUGUAAAUAUAAAAUAAAUAGUACAAAAUUUCUU